GCGCUGCAGGGGACGCGGGGGAAGCGGCGGCGCCGGCCGCCGACAGCUCCGACUGCGCCCCGGGCCGGAGCCCCAGCCCCGGGAGGUUGAUUGACUUAUGUGCAGUUUGGGACGCUGGGGUUGUCCUUCCCUGUGCAGACUGGAGUGCAGCCUCUGUUGGUGUCACAAGGAGGAGGCUGAAUGAGGCAGAGGGGCUGAGCUCUGUCCGGGAGGCCCACUUAGAGCGACACGAGGCAGCGCGACCCCGAGGGCUGGGGAGCAGGGAGUGGGGCCUGGUGCCGAGGAUGGCCAGGCAGCAGGCACCACCCUGGGUCCAUGCAGCCUUCCUCCUCUUCCUCCUCAGCCUUAGUGGUGCCAUCGAGAUUCCUAUGGAUCUGACCCAGCCCCCGACCAUCACCAAGCAGUCUGUGAAGGACCACAUCGUGGACCCCCGGGAUAACAUCCUGAUUGAGUGUGAAGCAAAGGGAAACCCAGCUCCCAGCUUCCACUGGACCCGCAACAGCAGGUUCUUCAACAUUGCCAAGGACCCCCGGGUAUCCAUGAGGAGAAGGUCUGGGACCCUGGUGAUCGACUUCCGCAGCGGUGGGCGGCCCGAGGAGUAUGAGGGAGAGUACCAGUGCUUUGCCCGCAACAAAUUCGGCACGGCCCUGUCCAACAGGAUCCGCCUGCAGGUGUCCAAGUCUCCCCUGUGGCCCAAAGAAAACCUGGACCCCGUCGUGGUUCAAGAAGGCGCCCCCUUGACGCUGCAGUGCAACCCCCCGCCGGGCCUCCCGUCCCCGGUCAUCUUCUGGAUGAGCAGCUCCAUGGAGCCUAUCACCCAGGACAAACGCGUCUCCCAGGGCCACAAUGGGGACCUGUACUUCUCCAACGUGAUGCUGCAGGACAUGCAGACCGACUACAGCUGCAAUGCCCGCUUCCACUUCACCCACACCAUCCAGCAGAAGAACCCCUUCACCCUCAAGGUCCUCACCACCCGAGGAGUUGCAGAGAGAACGCCCAGCUUCAUGUACCCCCAGGGCACAUCCAGCAGUCAGAUGGUGCUUCGAGGCAUGGACCUCCUUCUCGAGUGCAUCGCGUCGGGAGUCCCAACCCCAGACAUCGCAUGGUACAAGAAGGGUGGGGACCUCCCAUCUGACAAGGCCAAGUUCGAGAACUUUAACAAGGCCCUUCGCAUUACCAAUGUCUCCGAGGAAGACUCUGGGGAGUACUUCUGCCUGGCCUCCAACAAGAUGGGCAGCAUCCGGCACACGAUCUCGGUGAGAGUAAAGGCUGCUCCCUACUGGCUGGAUGAACCCAAGAACUUGAUCCUGGCUCCUGGAGAGGAUGGGAGACUGGUGUGCCGAGCCAACGGGAACCCCAAGCCCACCGUCCAGUGGAUGGUGAAUGGGGAGCCUUUGCAAUCGGCACCACCCAACCCCAACCGCGAGGUGGCCGGCGACACCAUCAUCUUCCGGGACACGCAGAUCAGCAGCAGGGCCGUGUACCAGUGCAACACCUCCAAUGAGCACGGCUACCUGCUGGCCAACGCCUUCGUCAGUGUGCUGGAUGUGCCACCUCGGAUGCUGUCACCCCGGAACCAGCUCAUUAGGGUGAUCCUCUAUAACCGGACUCGGCUGGACUGCCCAUUCUUUGGGUCCCCCAUCCCCACACUCCGAUGGUUUAAGAAUGGGCAAGGAAGCAACCUGGAUGGUGGCAACUACCACGUCUACGAGAAUGGCAGUCUGGAUAAGAUGAUCCGCAAAGAGGACCAGGGCAUCUACACCUGUGUUGCCACCAACAUACUGGGCAAAGCUGAAAACCAAGUCCGCCUGGAGGUCAAAGACCCCACGAGGAUCUUUCGGAUGCCUGAGGACCAAGUGGCCAAAAGGGGGACCACGGUGCAGCUGGAGUGCCGGGUGAAACACGACCCCUCCCUGAAGCUCACGGUCUCCUGGCUGAAGGACGAUGAACCGCUCUAUAUUGGAAACAGGAUGAAGAAGGAGGAUGACUCCCUGACCAUCUUUGGCGUGGCAGAGAGGGACCAGGGCAGUUACACCUGUGUCGCCAGCACUGAGCUAGACCAAGACCUGGCCAAAGCCCAACUGACUGUGCUAGCCGAUCAAGCCACUCCAACUAACCGUUUGGCUGCUCUGCCCAAAGGACGGCCAGACCGACCCCGGGACCUGGAGCUCACCGACCUGGCUGAGAGGAGCGUGAGGCUCACCUGGAUCCCGGGGGAUGACAACAACAGCCCCAUCACAGACUACGUCGUCCAGUUUGAAGAGGAUCAGUUCCAGCCAGGGGUCUGGCAUGACCAUUCCAAGUUCCCAGGCAGUGUCAACUCAGCCGUCCUCCAUCUGUCCCCGUAUGUCAACUACCAGUUCCGGGUCAUUGCCGUCAACGAAGUGGGGAGCAGUCACCCCAGCCUACCAUCCGAGCGCUACCGAACCAGUGGAGCACCCCCUGAAUCCAAUCCUGGUGAUGUGAAGGGAGAAGGGACCAGAAAGAACAACAUGGAGAUCACGUGGACGCCCAUGAAUGCCACCUCCGCCUUUGGCCCCAACCUGCGCUACAUCGUCAAGUGGCGGCGGAGGGAGACUCGAGACACGUGGAACAACGUGACAGUGUGGGGCUCCCGCUACGUGGUGGGGCAGACUCCUGUCUAUGUGCCCUAUGAGAUUCGGGUCCAGGCAGAAAACGAUUUUGGGAAAGGCCCCGAGCCGGACACUGUCAUCGGAUACUCAGGAGAAGAUUAUCCCAGGGCUGCGCCCACCGAAGUUAAAAUCCGAGUCAUGAACAGCACAGCCAUCAGCCUUCAGUGGAACCGCGUCUACUCCGACACGGUCCAGGGCCAACUCAGAGAGUACCGAGCCUACUACUGGAGGGAGAGCAGCUUGCUGAAGAACCUGUGGGUAUCUCAGAAGAGACAGCAAGCCAGCUUCUCCAGCGAGCGCAACCGAGGCGUGGUGUCCCGCCUCUUCCCCUAUAGUAACUACAAGCUGGAAAUGGUUGUGGUCAAUGGGAGAGGCGAUGGGCCUCGCAGCGAAACCAAGGAGUUCACCACUCCAGAAGGAGUACCCAGUGCCCCCAGGCGUUUCCGAGUCCGGCAGCCCAACCUGGAGACAAUCAACCUGGAGUGGGACCAUCCGGAGCACCCCAAUGGGAUCCUGAUUGGAUACAUCCUCAAAUAUGUGGCCUUUAACGGAACCAAAGUGGGGAAGCAGAUGGUGGAGAACUUUUCUCCCAAUCAGACCAAGUUCUCGAUGCAGAGGGCAGACCCCGUGUCCCGCUACCGCUUUACCCUCAGCGCCAGGACGCAGGUGGGCUCUGGGGAAGCUGUCACGGAGGAGUCUCCUGCGCCUCCGAAUGAAGCUACUCCAACCGCAGCUCCUCCCACGUUACCCCCAACCACCGUGGGUGCCACGGGCGCGCUGGGCAGCACUGACGCUACUGCCCUUGCUGCCACCAGUGAAGCAACACCUGUCCCCAUCGUCCCAACUGUGGCACCUACCACCACCACCACCACCACCGUGGCCACAACUACAACCACUGCCGCCACCACCACCACCACCACCACGGAGAGCCCUCCCACCACCACCACCACCACCACGGGAACUAAGAUUCAGGAAUCCGCCCCCGACGAGCAGUCCAUAUGGAACGUCACGGUGCUCCCCAACAGUAAAUGGGCCAACAUCACCUGGAAGCACAAUUUCGGGCCCGGAACUGACUUUGUGGUUGAGUACAUCGACAGCAACCAUACGAAAAAAACUGUCCCUGUUAAGGCCCAGGCCCAGCCUAUACAGCUGACAGACCUCUAUCCCGGGAUGACUUACACAUUGCGGGUGUAUUCCCGGGACAACGAGGGUAUCAGCAGUACCGCCAUCACCUUUAUGACCAGUACAGCUUACACCAACAACCAGGCUGACAUCGCCACCCAGGGCUGGUUCAUCGGGCUCAUGUGUGCCAUCGCUCUCCUGGUGCUGAUCCUACUCAUCGUCUGCUUCAUCAAGAGGAGCCGAGGUGGCAAAUACCCAGUGCGAGAGAAGAAGGAUGUCCCCCUGGGCCCCGAAGACCCCAAAGAAGAGGAUGGAUCCUUUGACUACAGCGAUGAGGACAACAAACCCCUGCAGGGCAGCCAGACCUCCCUGGACGGCACCAUCAAGCAGCAGGAGAGCGACGACAGCCUGGUGGACUAUGGCGAAGGGGGUGAGGGGCAGUUCAACGAGGACGGCUCCUUCAUCGGCCAGUACACUGUCAAAAAGGACAAGGAGGAGACGGAAGGCAACGAGAGCUCAGAGGCCACAUCGCCCGUCAACGCCAUCUACUCUCUGGCCUAACAGAGCCCCACCCGGCACAGCCACUGCUUCCCGCGUGGGACGAGGGGGAAGGGGGAGAGGACGCCGCCGCCGCCGCCGCCUUCGGGGACGAGGGGAUCCU